ACUCUUUCGCCCUUGAGAAAACCUACCCCUCAACCAGCUGGAAUCCCUUCGGUCCGAAACCGCAACUACUCGAGCCCAGGGAGCUUCUCAAUACAACCUCAGAAGACGGCCCCUAGAAAUAUCCCAGCCUUCAACAGCUCUGGUAAGGAUUUCUUGUUGCGAAAAGAUGUCCCGGAAGCUAAAAACGUGAAUGGCUCCGUUUCUAAGCCGCUUGUCAAGGAGGAACAGACCUCUGGCUCGGGGAACCCCUCUAUCAAAAUUACGCAAGAGAGUUCAGCUCAGAAAACCCAGAUUCAUGAAGCCACUGGGGGAAAUCCAAAUCUUGGAUCCCAGUCACACCAGUCUCCAGCUACCUCCAACCUCGCCGGUGGUGGAACAGGAACUUGCUCCAAGGAUCCACCUGGUACAAAGCCUGAGAACCCGGGUCUUGCCUCGUUCUUAUCUUUUGCUCCUCCUGGGGUUUUCAGUACUGCCACGCCGGCUGCCAGUUCUCAUUCCAACGAGGUGAAGAAAUCAACCCCUAAUAAUGCUACAGUCACCCAGAUGCCUGCUCCCAUCAAAAUGAAAGAGACCGCACGUCCCUCACAGGUGAAAGCUACUGGAACAACCCAUGUUUCUCAGUUGACUCAGAAGGAGAGCCUCGAGGCAGUGACGCCUGGCAACCGUGGCCCGAAAGAGAAUGGUCAGGUGGGCACAAAUGGCAAGUCACAUCAGCCAGCCAGACUUGUUGAUGGAAAUCCAAAUUUUCCAUCACAGACCAAUAAAGCAUCCGAGGCUCAAGGUAACAAGACUGAACCAACACCAAAGACGGUUCUUGAGCCAAAAGAGCCUUUGAAAGUAGCAAACCAAUCAACACCCACCACCGAGCCAGCACCAAAGGCCUCUCCCAAGCCAGCAGGGUCCUCAGAGGGAGCAAAACAGCCAACACCCGCUGUUAAGCCAGCACCAAAGACAUCUCCCAAGCCAACAGGCUCCUCAGAGGGAACAAAACAGCCAACACCCACUGUUAAGCCAGCACCAAAGACAUCUCCCAAGCCAACAGGGUCUUCAGAGGGGACAAAACAGCCAACAUUCACUGUUGAGCCAGCACUCAAGACCGCUCCCGAGCCAAAAAAGCCCUCGCGGGGAGAAAAUCAACCAAAACCCAUUGCUGAGACAGUCUUGAAACAAGGUUACGAGCCUGUUGUUGCUUUGAAUUCCUUGCCUAAUGGUUAUGUCAAAGGGCAGCCGCUUGCCGAUAAACCCUCGGAGACUUCCCCCCUACGGCCCCAGGCUGAGGAUUUCAGCCCCUAUCCCGACCUUGUCCCUGUUCCUCACAACUCCCCUCAGCCCAUGCCUGAUUUCCACUCGCCCCGCCUCAUGAGUCCUGUUAAUGCCACUCCUAUCAGCAUGGACAAUUUGCAGCAAUUCAUACCUACUGGUGUUACCACAGGGCAGCUAGUCACUACGACUCAGGUAUCUAUCUCCGAUGGGAUGAUGACACCUGGAGAGUGCAGAGGCACUUUGUACAUGCAGACUCCAGUCAGCAUCCAGCAUGGUACCCCUCAGCCUCAGGGUAGUUUUGUCCCUGUAGCCCGAGUAUCUUCACAGGAAAAUCGCCCUCAUACCCAAAAGAAGCCUACCCAAGGCCUUGCUUCCUCUUACUGGAACAAAAAGUAG